GUGGGAUCGGGCCCAUCUACAGCAUGUGCAAAAGAACUGCCAGCAGGAACCUCUGCAUGAUCUCUGAUAGUCUGAGAAUGAACAAACAGCAAAAGGUGUAUGUCGAGCAAAUCAUAAACGUUGACCAGUUCAGCCCUGACAUUGUCGCCGAAACAGCAAAACUGUUUGAGAAGAAGUUCCUGUACAGCAAACCCCCCAACAAUGAAUGGCAGCUGCCGGAUCCCAGCCAGGCGUUCACCUGCGAUCACAAGGACUUCAGCUCCCUUGUCGCCCUGAAGGACUCCAUGAACGAAGUCAAGAACCUGCUGAGUGACAAGAAGCUGGACCAGUGGCACCAACACACCUCCUUCACCAACAAAGCGGGAAAAAUCAUUCCCUAUAUCAAGAAGUCCGCAAAUGCAGAGUUGUGCACCCAAGCUUGGUGCAAAUUCCAUGAGAUCCUGGGCAGCUUUCCCCUGCUACCGAGUGAUGCUCUUCAGAACGGGGAGCUCAACACCAUCCAUCUGUGCGAAGCUCCCGGGGCGUUUAUAACCAGCCUCAACCACUACCUCAAGUCUCACCCUAUCCCUUGCGACUGGAGCUGGGUCGCCAACACGUUGAACCCGUACCAUGAAGCCAACGAUACCCUCAUGAUGGUUAUGGAUGACAGGCUUAUCGCCAACACUUUGCCCUGGUGGUAUUUUGGCCCUGAUAACACCGGAGAUGUCAUGACGCUGAGGUAUCUUAGAGGGCUGCAGCACUUCGUAAGCAACAUGGCCGCCGUUCACCUGGUCACCGCCGACGGGAGCUUUGACUGCCAAGGAAAUCCCGGCGAACAAGAAGCGCUCGUGUCCUCCUUACACUACUGUGAAGCUGUCACCGCAUUAAUGACUCUGGGCCUCGGGGGCUCCUUUGUCCUGAAGAUGUUUACUUUGUUCGAGCACUGUUCCGUCAAUUUGCUCUUUCUCCUGAACUGCUCGUUUGAAGAGGUCCACGUCUUCAAACCAGCCACGAGCAAAGCGGGGAAUUCUGAAGUGUACGUGGUCUGCCUCCGCUACCUCGGCAGAGAGGCUAUCCAUUCGCUCUUGUCCAAGAUGAUGCAGAGCUUUGGGGCGGGCAUGGUCGAGAAAGCCCUCUUUCCGCAGCACUUAAUUCCAGAAUCUUUCCUUAAGGUACACGAGGACUGCUGUUCUUUCUUUCACAGACAUCAAGUUGAGACCAUUUCUGGGAACCUCCGGCUCUUUGAGGGCAUGGGCGAGGCAGAGCGGGCGAGGCUAAAUCUCUUACGGGACUGCGCCGUGGACUUCUUCUUGAAGAGGUUCCAGAUGAAACCCCUUGCCAAAAACAACUGGAUAGUGAAGAGACCUCGUGCUGGCUGCAGCUUGAGUGCCAAGUGGUGCGGACAGAGGAGCAAAUAUUUUUGCACAUACAAUGAAAGGAAGUGGCUGGAGUCACUCUCGUGGGAGGACAAAGUGGCCAAGGGCUGCCUCAAUAAGUGGGUCGAAGAACACUCGCCUGCUAAUGCUGGGAACGGCUGUGUCUUGGAAGGGGGACCGUGUGACCUGGAAUGUCACUCGUGGUACAUCUUGGAAGGCCAGAGGUUGCCGGGAGUGAAAUGCUCUCCCUUCUGUGAUGGGGAGGUUCUAAAGGCCCUCAAUGAAGCACUCGAAAAGUCUUUUCUUAGCAGAGUGAGUCUCGACUCCCCCUUGAGAUGGACUCAGCCAGAGGGCCAGUCCUGCAUUCUCACACAGCCGUCGGUACUGUCUGAACUGUCACACCUGAUCGGUUAUCCUGAAGAGGCUCCUGAUGAAAACUGCCUUGGCCGGACCAAGUGUUUGGUCGUGGGCGUCCCAGUGCUUUGUGAUGCCGACGGCCAGCACGGCUUGGAAGUUAAAUGUCUCGAGUCGGCGUCCCUGUUGACUUUCGGCUGCUCUCUGCUUCACGACGGAGAGCCAAAAUACCAACAGCUGUUCCUGAAAUGCCUUCUGUGUUCGCUUCCCCAGCUUCAGAACGGAGACGCUCUGGUUCUGCCAGUUCUGUCCUGUUUCACUCGCUUCAUGGCGAGCUUGGUGUUCAUACUACACAGCUGUUUCCAGCGCAUCUCCUUUGUUUGCCCCACUUCAUCGCAACCUUUAAGGACCAGCGCUGUUCUCUUGUGUGCCGGCUAUCAGGGCCUCCCAGACCCGGUUUUCCAAUACCUGCAGCAGAUGAAUAAGCAGAUGAACUCUUUGCUGGACUCAGACUCUCCGCAGCAGGUCUUGCAGUUUGUGCCGAUGGAGAAUGUCCUGAAAGGGCCGCUGCUGGAGUUCCUCUGGGACCUGAACACGGCGAUCGCAAAGAGGCAGUUGCAUCUGAUUAUCCAAGCUGAGCUGCAACAGAUGAUGCGACUUUAGCUUGUAAGGACCAGAUUGAAAAUGGUGUCUUCUUUGUCUUGGAAAAAAUUAUUUUAAACCCUAGGAAAUA